AAAUGGGUGUAUUUCUUCAUUACCACAGACAAGACCGUGCAUACAUACGACAAGCUCUCUUUCUUCUGAUUGAUUAUUUCGUUCCUUUAUAAAUCAAAGACGAGACAUCAAGCAUGACAUCUAUCUCUUUGUAAAAACUCAACAGCCCUUUUAUCUUCUUACAUUUGGCUCCUUUGUUUCCGUCAAAUUCUUGAUUUUUAAAUCCCUCAAUCUUGAUUUCUUUCUCUUCUGGGUCUUCAAGAGUUGUUGCUUUGCCUCUGUAAAUUGAUUGGUUUGGUAUUUAUAUAUGGUCACUUCUGGGAUUUUUGUUUUAAUAACUAAGAUCCUAGCUUUUGAUGACUGUGAAUAUUUAGUUGUUUUUAUAGCUUAAAAAUUCGAGGUUUUGUUAUCUGGGUUGUUUUGUAAUUGGUUUAGUAUCGUUUCCGAGGGAUACAAAAUAUUUCUGAAAGGUUUUUAAAGCUGGGCUUUGCAAAUUGUACUGUUGAGGGCUAUUGGGUUUUAUAGUUGAUCCUGAUAAGCUCAUUUGAAAUCCGAAGCACUGAGUUCCUAUUUGGAUUUCUACAAAAGUACACAGAUAUCCUUGUAGCAGACAGUAGGAGGGUAAUCUGCUUUGUAGAUUUUGUGUAAAGUUUGAAAAUUGUGAUUGGAGAAACCAGUUAAAGAUAAUAGAAAGAUGACAACUGGAAAUAUUGCUUCGAAGAAGGAGAGGAAAUCAAGGAGGAACAAGCCAGUAGAUGAGAAUGCUCCCUUAUUGCCUAAAAGGCAAGAGGAUGUUGGUUUUGAUGAGUUUAAUGGAGCUUCCUUUACUGGGGCUGUGUUCAAUUUAUCAACUACAAUAGUUGGUGCAGGAAUCAUGGCUUUGCCUGCCACCAUGAAAGUGUUAGGCCUUGUUCUUGGGGUUUCCUUGAUCAUCUUCAUGGCUUUCUUGGCAGAGGCUUCAAUUGAGAUGUUGCUAAGGUUUAGCAGGGCAGGGAAGUGUGCUUCUUAUGGGGGACUUAUGGGGGAUGCCUUUGGAAAGACUGGAAGGAUUAUGUUGCAAGUUGCUGUUUUAAUCAAUAACGUUGGUGUACUCAUUGUGUACAUGAUUAUUAUUGGUGAUGUGCUGUCUGGAACAUCUUCAAGUGGAUCCCACCAUGCAGGUGUUCUUGAAGGUUGGUUCGGAGAACACUGGUGGAAUGCGCGAACCUUUGUUCUUCUUGUCACAACACUUUUUGUAUUUUCUCCACUGGCUUGCUUUAAGCGAAUUGAUUCUUUAAGUUAUACAUCUGCCUUAUCAGUCGCGCUAGCAGUUGUAUUUCUUAUCAUCACUGUGGGGAUCACAAUUGUCAAGUUGAUAAAUGGAAGUAUAGCAAUGCCCAGAUUGAUGCCCGAUGUAACAGACAUGACAUCCUUCUGGAAACUCUUCACUACAGUCCCUGUUCUUGUCACUGCAUAUAUCUGCCAUUACAAUGUUCACAGCAUAGAUAAUGAACUUGAAGACUCUACUCAGAUAAAACCAGUUGUGCGAACAGCACUUGCCUUAUGCUCAUCUGUGUACAUGAUGACAAGCAUCUUUGGGUUCCUUCUAUUUGGCGAUGCAACUCUUGAUGAUGUGCUUGCCAACUUUGACACCAACCUUGGCAUUCCUUACAGUUCUCUGCUUAAUGAUGCUGUUCGUGUUAGUUAUGCUGCUCAUCUUAUGCUAGUAUUUCCAAUUGUCUUCUUUCCAUUAAGACUCAACUUGGAUGGCCUCCUCUUUCCCUCAGCUCAACCUUUUCAUCAGGCAAACACGAGGUUUGCAUUAGUCACCAUUGGGCUUAUUGCUUUAAUCUUCUUGGGUGCAAAUUGCAUUCCAAGCAUCUGGGAUGCUUUCCAAUUCACUGGAGCAACUGCUGCAGUUUGCCUUGGUUUCAUUUUUCCUGCUUCCAUCACUCUCAGGGAUCGCCACAAUAUAGCAUCAAAGAGAGACAAGAUCUUAUGUAUUUUUAUGAUUGCGCUUGCCGUCUUCUCCAAUGGGGUGGCCAUAUACAGUGAUGCCUAUGCCUUGAUAAAAAAGAACCCGUCGCCUCGUGAAUGAGCUGCCUUGCUGCUAUUCAACGUUGGUGAAUGGACUCGAAUAGAUAUAUUUUUCCAUGUAAGAUGCCUGAUUGGCCGAAAAAUCCUUUUCGGUCCCAAGUUGAAAGUGCAAGUCCUAUAGCAAGAUGCAACUUAGAACUUUAAUAAGAACACUAGAAAUCGAUGUAUAAAAUCAAUUUGCUAGAGUAUGUGAGGUCCAUCCUCGUAGACCCCCAAUUAUGUGUUUUAGUGUGCUGCUUUGUGCUUGAAUUUGCUAUGUUGAUGAGAGUGAAACUGUAGAAAUAAAGACACAUAAUAUAUAUUAUAUGAAUUUGCUUUCA